AUGCUGAUGCUGAAGCCGUGUGCUUACAUGAACACCGUGUUUCACAGUUACCCAGCUACAUCAAAGAAUGCAUUAUCCUCGUACACUUCAGCCGAGUCGGGGGUCCUCACUGUUUCCUUCUCCUCCUCUUCUUUGCAGGAUGACGAGGUGGUCCUGCAGUGCACUGCCACCAUUCACAAAGAGCAGCAGAAGCUGUGCUUGGCGGCCGAAGGCUUUGGCAACAGACUGUGCUUCCUGGAGUCCACAUCCAAUUCCAAGAAUGUCCCCCCAGACCUGUCCAUCUGCACCUUUGUCCUGGACCAGUCCCUGUCCGUGCGUGCCCUGCAAGAGAUGCUGGCCAACACCAUGGAGAAAUCGGAAGGGCAAGUUGAUGUGGAAAAAUGGAAAUUCAUGAUGAAGACAGCUCAGGGUGGUGGCCAUCGGACCCUCCUCUAUGGACACGCCAUAUUGCUCCGCCACUCCUACAGUGGCAUGUAUUUGUGCUGUCUGUCAACCUCCCGGUCCUCAACUGACAAGCUGGCUUUUGACGUGGGCUUGCAAGAGGAUACCACAGGUGAGGCGUGCUGGUGGACCAUCCACCCCGCCUCCAAGCAGCGGUCAGAAGGAGAGAAGGUCCGCGUGGGAGAUGACCUCAUCUUGGUCAGCGUGUCCUCGGAGAGGUACUUGCACUUGUCCUACGGCACCGGCUUGCACGUGGACGCGGCCUUCCAGCAGACUCUGUGGAGCGUGGCCCCCAUCAGCUCAGGAAGCGAAGCCGCCCAAGGGUACCUCAUCGGUGGUGAUGUCCUCCGGCUGCUCCAUGGCCACAUGGAUGAGUGCCUCACUGUCCCCUCUGGAGAGCACGGGGAAGAGCAGAGGAGAACUGUCCAUUAUGAAGGUGGAGCUGUAUCUGUUCACGCACGCUCCCUUUGGAGACUAGAGACGCUAAGAGUUGCGUGGAGCGGGAGCCACAUCCGAUGGGGCCAGCCCUUCCGGCUUCGCCACGUCACCACCGGCAGGUACUUAAGUCUCCUGGAGGACAAAAACCUGCUGCUCAUGGACAAAGAAAAAGCUGAUGUGAAAUCAACAGCAUUUACCUUCCGGUCUUCCAAGGAAAAAUUAGAUGUUGGAAUAAGAAAAGAAGUCGAUGGCAUGGGCACGUCAGAAAUAAAAUACGGGGACUCUGUCUGCUUCAUCCAGCACGUUGACACAGGCCUGUGGCUCACCUACCAGUCUGUGGAUGUGAAAUCCGCAAGAAUGGGAUCCGUCCAGCGCAAGGCUAUUAUGCACCAUGAAGGGCACAUGGAUGAUGGCUUAAAUUUAUCCAGAUCUCAGCACGAGGAAUCUCGCACGGCUCGGGUCAUCCGCAGCACCGUCUUCCUCUUCAAUAGGUUUAUAAGGGGCCUCGAUGCUCUGAGCAAGAAAGCCAAGGCACCCAGCGUGGACUUGCCCAUCGAGUCAGUAAGCCUGAGUCUGCAGGACCUCAUCGGCUACUUCCACCCCCCGGAUGAGCACCUGGAGCACGAGGACAAGCAGAACCGACUGCGAGCCCUAAAGAACCGGCAGAACCUCUUCCAGGAGGAGGGGGUGAUCAGCCUGGUGCUGGAGUGCAUCGACCGGCUGCACGUCUACAGCAGCGCUGCGCACUUUGCUGACGUGGCUGGGAGAGAAGCAGCCCAGUCCUGGAAGUCCAUUCUCAACUCUCUCUACGAACUGCUGGCUGCCCUCAUUAGAGGAAAUCGCAAGAACUGUGCUCAGUUUUCUGGUUCCCUGGACUGGCUCAUCAGCAGACUGGAAAGACUAGAAGCUUCCUCAGGCAUUCUUGAAGUGCUACAUUGUGUGCUCGUGGAAAGCCCUGAAGCACUAAAUAUAAUUAAAGAAGGACACAUCAAAUCCAUCAUCUCACUUUUAGAUAAGCACGGAAGAAACCACAAAGUCCUGGAUGUCCUGUGCUCGCUCUGUGUGUGCCAUGGGGUCGCUGUGCGAUCGAACCAGCACCUCAUCUGUGACAAUCUCCUGCCAGGAAGAGACCUGUUGUUGCAGACCCGUCUGGUGAAUCAUGUCAGCAGCAUGAGGCCCAAUAUCUUCCUGGGCGUCAGCGAAGGAUCCGCUCAGUAUAAGAAAUGGUACUAUGAGCUCAUGGUGGACCACACGGAACCCUUCGUGACGGCCGAGGCCACCCACCUGCGGGUGGGCUGGGCUUCCACCGAAGGCUACUCCCCCUACCCCGGAGGGGGCGAGGAGUGGGGCGGCAAUGGAGUCGGCGACGACCUCUUCUCCUACGGGUUCGAUGGCCUUCAGCUCUGGGCAGGUUGCGUGGCCCGGACAGUCAGCUCCCCCAACCAGCACCUCCUGAGGACUGACGAUGUCAUCAGCUGCUGUUUGGAUCUGAGCGCCCCCAGCAUCUCUUUCCGCAUCAACGGACAACCUGUUCAAGGGAUGUUUGAGAAUUUCAACAUCGACGGCCUCUUCUUUCCCGUGGUCAGCUUCUCUGCAGGCAUCAAGGUGCGUUUUCUGCUAGGAGGGCGACAUGGAGAAUUUAAAUUCCUCCCUCCACCCGGGUAUGCGCCUUGUUAUGAAGCUGUUCUUCCAAAAGAAAAAUUGAAAGUGGAGCACAGCAGAGAAUACAAGCAAGAAAGGACGUACACGCGAGACCUGCUGGGCCCCACCGUCUCCCUCACCCAGGCCGCCUUCACCCCCGUUCCUGUGGACACCAGUCAGAUCGUUUUACCUCCUCACCUCGAAAGGAUCAGAGAAAAGCUGGCGGAGAAUAUCCAUGAGCUCUGGGUUAUGAAUAAAAUUGAACUUGGCUGGCAGUAUGGUCCGGUCAGAGAUGAUAAUAAGAGACAGCACCCGUGCCUGGUGGAGUUCUGCAAGCUGCCCGAACAGGAACGCAAUUACAAUUUGCAGAUGUCCCUUGAGACCCUGAAGACCUUGCUGGCUCUGGGGUGUCACGUGGGGAUAGCAGAUGAACAUGCGGAAGAAAAGGUGAAGAAGAUGAAGCUUCCCAAGAAUUACCAGCUGACGAGUGGUUACAAGCCCGCACCCAUGGACUUGAGCUUCAUAAAGCUCACCCCCUCUCAGGAAGCGAUGGUGGACAAGUUGGCAGAAAAUGCUCACAACGUGUGGGCCCGGGAUCGAAUCCGGCAGGGCUGGACAUACGGCAUCCAGCAGGAUGUAAAGAACAGGAGGAAUCCCCGCCUGGUGCCCUAUGCCCUCCUGGAUGACCGGACCAAAAAAUCCAACAAGGACAGCCUCCGGGAGGCGGUGCGCACGUUGCUGGGCUACGGCUACAGCCUGGAGGCCCCGGACCAGGACCACGCAGCCCGCAAUGAGGCGGGCAGUGGCCCCGGCGAGCGGUUCCGCAUCUUCCGUGCGGAGAAGACGUAUGCUGUGCGCGCCGGGCGCUGGUACUUUGAGUUCGAGGCCGUGUCGGCCGGGGACAUGCGCGUGGGCUGGAGCCGGCCAGGCUGCCAGCCCGACCUGGAGCUCGGCUCCGACGAGCGCGCCUUCGCCUUCGAUGGCUUCAAGGCCCAGCGGUGGCACCAGGGCAAUGAGCACUACGGCCGCGCGUGGCAGGCUGGGGAUGUGGUGGGCUGCAUGGUGGACAUGAACGAGCACACCAUGGUGUUCACACUCAACGGGGAGAUCCUGCUGGACGACUCAGGCUCUGAGUUGGCGUUCAAGGACUUCGACGUGGGCGAUGGAUUCAUUCCUGUAUGUAGCCUUGGAGUGGGACAGGUGGGCAGGAUGAACUUCGGAAAGGACGUCAGCACCUUGAAAUACUUCACCAUCUGUGGCUUGCAGGAGGGCUAUGAGCCAUUCGCUGUUAACACAAACAGGGACAUCACCAUGUGGCUGAGCAAGAGACUGCCUCAGUUUCUACAGGUUCCAUCCAACCAUGAGCACAUUGAGGUGACCAGGAUAGAUGGCACCACGGACAGCUCCCCGUGCCUGAAGGUUACCCAGAAGUCCUUUGGCUCUCAGAACAGCACCUCAGACAUCAUGUUUUACCGCCUGAGCAUGCCCAUUGAGUGCGCUGAGGUCUUCUCCAAGACGGUGCCCGGGGGGCUCUCAGGCGCUGGCCUCUUUGUGCCCAAGAAUGAUCUGGAAGACUACGACACGGAUUCUGACUUUGAGGUUCUCAUGAAGACGGCUCACGGCCAUCUCGUGCCUGACCGCAUUGAUAAAGACAAAGAAGCCACAAAGUCUGAGUUUAAUAACCAUAAAGACUACGCUCAGGAAAAGCCCUCCCGCCUGAAACAAAGAUUUUUACUUAGAAGAACAAAGCCAGAUUAUAGCACCAGCCAUUCUGCCAGGCUCACUGAAGACGUCCUGGCCGACGACCGGGAUGACUAUGAAUACCUCAUGAACACUUCCACGUAUUAUUACUCGGUGAGGAUCUUCCCUGGGCAAGAGCCGGCAAAUGUCUGGGUGGGCUGGAUCACGUCUGACUUCCACCAGCACGACCCUGGCUUUGAUUUGGACAGAGUCCGGACAGUGACCGUCACGCUGGGAGACGAAAAGGGAAAAGUCCAUGAAAGCAUCAAACGCAGCAACUGCUACAUGGUGUGUGCAGGCGAGAGCAUGAGCCCCGGGCAAGGCCGUAACAACAACGGCUUGGAGAUCGGCUGUGUGGUGGAUGCAGCCAGCGGGCUGCUCACGUUCAUUGCCAAUGGCAAGGAGCUGAGCACUUACUACCAGGUGGAGCCAAGCACAAAAUUAUUCCCCGCUGUGUUUGCACAAGCUACAAGCCCCAAUGUUUUCCAGUUUGAGUUGGGAAGAAUCAAGAAUGUGAUGCCUCUGUCGGCGGGCUUGUUCAAGAGCGAGCACAAAAACCCGGUGCCCCAGUGCCCCCCACGCCUGCACGUGCAGUUCCUGUCCCAUGUCCUGUGGAGCCGGAUGCCCAACCAGUUUUUGAAGGUGGAUGUGUCUCGCAUCAGUGAGCGUCAAGGCUGGCUGGUGCAGUGUUUGGACCCACUGCAGUUCAUGUCCCUCCACAUCCCCGAGGAGAACAGAUCUGUGGACAUCUUAGAGUUGACGGAGCAGGAGGAGUUGCUGCGAUUUCACUACCACACACUGCGGCUCUACUCGGCCGUGUGCGCCCUCGGAAACCACCGGGUGGCCCACGCGCUGUGCAGCCACGUGGACGAGCCUCAGCUGCUCUACGCCAUCGAGAACAAGUACAUGCCUGGCCUGCUACGCACGGGCUACUACGACCUGCUGAUCGACAUCCACCUCAGCUCCUACGCCACGGCCAGGCUCAUGAUGAACAACGAGUUCAUUGUCCCCAUGACGGAGGAGACAAAGACCAUCACGCUCUUCCCGGAUGAGAACAAGAGGCAUGGGCUCCCCGGCAUCGGCCUGAGCACCUCACUCCGGCCCCGCAUGCGGUUCUCCUCCCCCAGCUUCGUCGGCGUCAGCAGUGAGUGCUACCAGUACAGCCCCGAGUUCCCUCUGGACAUCCUGAAGGCCAAGACCAUCCAGAUGCUGACGGAGGCGGUGGAGGAGGGCAGCCUCCACGCGCGCGACCCCGUUGGGGGGACCACAGAAUUCCUCUUUGUGCCCCUCAUCAAGCUCUUCUACACCCUGCUCAUCAUGGGACUCUUCCACAACGAGGACCUGAAGCACAUCCUGCAGCUGAUCGAGCCCAGGGUGUUCAAGGAAGCCGCCACUCUGGAGGAGGAUGGGGACCGGCAGGAGAAGGAGCUCAGUGCCGAGGACUCCAGGCUGGAAGGGGCGGGUGAAGACGAGGCCAAGGUGGGCAUGCGGCCUAAGGAGGGCCUCCUGCAGAUGAAGCUGCCUGAGCCGGUGAAACUGCAGAUGUGCCUCUUGCUUCAGUACCUCUGUGACUGCCAGGUCCGGCACCGGAUCGAAGCGAUCGUGGCCUUCUCAGAUGACUUUGUGGCCAAGCUCCAGGACAAUCAGCGUUUCCGCUACAACGAAGUGAUGCAGGCCUUAAACAUGUCAGCGGCACUCACGGCCAGGAAAACCAAGGAAUUCCGCUCACCCCCCCAAGAACAGAUCAACAUGCUCCUCAACUUCAAAGAUGACAAAAGUGAAUGUCCAUGUCCUGAAGAAAUCCGUGACCAACUCCUGGAUUUCCAUGAGGAUUUGAUGACACAUUGUGGAAUUGAGCUGGAUGAAGAUGGCUCUUUGGAUGGAAACAGUGACUUAACCAUCAGGGGACGUCUAUUGUCCCUGGUAGAAAAGGUGACAUACCUGAAGAAGAAGCAAGCAGAAAAGCCAGUGGCCAGUGACGCCACCAAGUCCUCCAGCCUCCAGCAGCUGAUUUCGGAGACCAUGGUUCGGUGGGCUCAGGAGUCUGUCAUCGAGGACCCGGAGUUGGUGAGGGCCAUGUUCGUGCUGCUGCACCGGCAGUACGAUGGCAUUGGAGGCCUGGUCCGGGCCCUGCCUAAGACCUAUACCAUCAACGGGGUGUCUGUGGAGGACACCAUCAACCUGCUGGCCUCUCUCGGGCAGAUUCGUUCCCUGUUAAGCGUGAGGAUGGGCAGAGAGGAGGAGAAGCUGAUGAUUCGUGGAUUGGGAGAUAUCAUGAAUAACAAAGUGUUUUACCAACACCCUAACCUCAUGAGGGCCCUGGGCAUGCACGAGACAGUGAUGGAGGUCAUGGUGAAUGUCCUGGGCGGGGGAGAGUCCAAGGAGAUCACCUUUCCCAAGAUGGUGGCCAAUUGUUGCCGUUUUCUCUGUUACUUCUGUCGUAUAAGUAGACAGAAUCAAAAAGCUAUGUUUGAUCAUCUCAGUUACUUACUGGAAAACAGCAGUGUUGGUCUUGCCUCCCCCGCCAUGAGAGGCUCCACCCCGCUCGACGUGGCUGCAGCAUCAGUGAUGGAUAAUAACGAACUUGCCCUAGCCUUGCGGGAGCCAGAUCUAGAGAAGGUUGUGCGUUACCUGGCCGGCUGUGGGCUGCAGAGCUGCCAGAUGCUGGUGUCAAAGGGUUACCCGGACAUUGGCUGGAAUCCUGUAGAGGGAGAGCGAUACCUUGAUUUCCUCCGAUUUGCUGUCUUCUGCAAUGGGGAGAGUGUGGAAGAAAACGCAAAUGUCGUGGUGAGAUUGCUCAUCCGGAGGCCCGAGUGCUUUGGGCCUGCGUUGAGAGGGGAAGGUGGGAAUGGACUCCUUGCUGCCAUGGAAGAAGCCAUAAAAAUAGCUGAGGACCCUUCCCGCGAUGGCCCCUCGCCUACAAGUGGCUCCAGCCGGACACUAGACACAGAAGAGGAGGAAGAUGACACCAUCCAUAUGGGGAACGCAAUCAUGACCUUCUAUGCGGCCCUGAUUGACCUCUUAGGUCGCUGCGCCCCUGAGAUGCACUUGAUUCAUGCUGGAAAGGGAGAGGCCAUCAGAAUCAGGUCUAUUUUGAGAUCUCUCAUUCCACUGGGAGACCUGGUGGGUGUGAUUAGCAUCGCUUUUCAGAUGCCAACCAUCGCCAAAGAUGGGAAUGUGGUGGAACCUGACAUGUCCGCGGGGUUUUGCCCAGAUCACAAGGCAGCCAUGGUUUUGUUCCUUGACAGGGUCUAUGGGAUUGAGGUGCAAGACUUCCUCCUCCACCUCCUUGAGGUUGGCUUUCUGCCAGAUCUCCGGGCCGCCGCCUCUCUAGACACGGCCGCUCUGAGUGCUACAGACAUGGCCUUGGCCCUCAAUAGGUACCUUUGCACAGCUGUCCUACCUUUGUUAACCAGAUGUGCUCCUCUGUUCGCGGGCACGGAGCACCAUGCCUCCCUCAUCGACUCGCUUCUUCACACUGUGUAUAGACUGUCCAAGGGCUGCUCCCUCACCAAAGCCCAGCGGGACUCCAUAGAAGUGUGCCUGCUCUCCAUUUGUGGCCAGUUGAGACCUUCUAUGAUGCAACACUUGCUCAGAAGACUUGUGUUUGACGUCCCGUUAUUAAAUGAACAUGCAAAGAUGCCUCUGAAGCUGUUGACAAACCACUAUGAGAGAUGCUGGAAAUACUACUGCCUGCCCGGUGGCUGGGGCAAUUUCGGUACUACCUCAGAAGAAGAACUGCAUUUAUCACGAAAGCUGUUCUGGGGUAUUUUUGAUGCCUUGUCUCAAAAGAAAUAUGAACAAGAACUUUUCAAACUGGCGCUGCCUUGCCUGAGUGCCGUUGCAGGGGCUUUGCCUCCCGACUACAUGGAGUCAAACUAUGUGAAUCUGAUGGAAAAACAGUCGUCCAUGGAUUCUGAAGGGAACUUUAACCCCCAACCUGUUGAUACCUCAAAUAUUACAAUUCCUGAGAAGUUGGAAUACUUCAUUAACAAAUAUGCAGAGCAUUCUCAUGACAAAUGGUCCAUGGACAAGUUGGCAAAUGGAUGGAUUUAUGGAGAAAUAUAUUCAGACUCUUCAAAGGUUCAGCCAUUAAUGAAGCCUUAUAAACUAUUAUCUGAAAAGGAAAAAGAAAUUUAUCGCUGGCCAAUCAAAGAGUCUCUGAAAACCAUGCUGGCGUGGGGCUGGCGGGUGGAGAGGACCCGGGAGGGGGACAGCAUGGCGCUGUACAACCGGACUCGCCGCAUCUCCCAGACGAGCCAGGUUUCUGUGGACACUGCCCAUGGUUACAGCCCCCGGGCCAUUGACAUGAGCAACGUCACACUCUCCAGAGAUCUGCAUGCUAUGGCAGAAAUGAUGGCUGAAAACUACCAUAAUAUAUGGGCAAAGAAAAAGAAAAUGGAGUUGGAAUCCAAAGGAGGCGGAAACCAUCCCCUGCUUGUGCCCUACGACACGCUGACCGCCAAGGAGAAAGCCAAGGACAGGGAGAAGGCGCAGGACAUCCUCAAGUUCCUGCAGAUCAAUGGCUAUGCCGUGUCCAGAGGAUUCAAAGACCUGGAAUUGGACACACCUUCCAUCGAGAAGCGCUUUGCUUACAGUUUCCUACAGCAGCUCAUUCGCUAUGUGGACGAAGCUCAUCAGUAUAUCCUGGAGUUUGAUGGUGGCAGCAGAAGCAAAGGAGAGCAUUUUCCUUAUGAACAGGAAAUCAAGUUCUUCGCCAAAGUUGUUCUUCCCUUAAUUGAUCAGUACUUCAAAAACCAUCGCCUGUACUUUCUGUCUGCAGCAAGCAGGCCUCUCUGCUCUGGAGGACAUGCCUCCAACAAGGAGAAAGAGAUGGUGACUAGCCUAUUCUGCAAACUUGGAGUACUUGUCAGGCAUAGGAUUUCACUAUUUGAGUCAGUUAUGAGGACUGUGAUGAAGACGGGCCUGGACAGUGUGAAGAGUGCUCUUCGAGCUUUCCUGGACAAUGCCGCUGAGGAUCUGGAGAAGACUAUAGAGAACCUCAAGCAGGGCCAGUUCACGCACACCCGGAACCAGCCCAAGGGGGUCACGCAGAUCAUCAACUACACCACCGUGGCGCUCCUGCCUAUGCUGUCCUCCUUAUUUGAGCAUAUCGGCCAGCACCAGUUUGGAGAAGAUCUGAUAUUGGAAGAUGUACAGGUGUCUUGCUACAGGAUUCUAACUAGCUUAUAUGCUUUGGGAACCAGCAAGAGUAUUUAUGUGGAGAGGCAGCGCUCGGCGCUGGGAGGCUGUCUGGCUGCUUUUGCCGGUGCCUUCCCGGUUGCAUUUCUGGAAACACAUCUGGACAAGCACAACAUCUACUCUAUCUACAACACCAAGUCCUCGCGCGAGAGAGCAGCUCUUAGUUUGCCGGCAAAUGUGGAAGAUGUGUGUCCAAACAUACCAUCCUUGGAGAAGCUCAUGGAGGAGAUCGUGGAGCUGGCUGAAUCGGGCAUCCGCUACACCCAGAUGCCUCAUGUGAUGGAGGUGGUGCUGCCUAUGCUGUGCAGCUAUAUGUCCCGGUGGUGGGAGCACGGGCCUGAGAACAACCCCGAGAGGGCCGAGGCCUGCUGCACGGCCCUCAACUCCGAGCACAUGAACACGCUCCUCGGCAACAUCCUGAAGAUCAUCUACAACAACCUGGGCAUUGACGAAGGAGCCUGGAUGAAGAGGUUGGCAGUAUUCUCCCAGCCUAUCAUCAACAAAGUGAAACCUCAGCUCUUGAAAACACACUUCCUGCCAUUAAUGGAGAAACUGAAGAAGAAGGCGGCCAUGGUGGUCUCGGAGGAAGACCAUCUGAAAGCCGAGGCCAGAGGGGACAUGUCGGAGGCUGAGCUCCUCAUCCUCGAUGAGUUCACCACACUGGCCAGAGAUCUCUAUGCCUUCUACCCUCUCCUGAUUCGAUUUGUGGACUAUAACAGGGCAAAAUGGCUGAAGGAACCUAACCCAGAAGCGGAGGAACUGUUCCGGAUGGUGGCUGAAGUCUUUAUCUACUGGUCCAAGUCCCACAAUUUCAAAAGAGAAGAACAGAACUUCGUUGUGCAGAAUGAAAUCAACAACAUGUCUUUCCUUAUUACCGACACGAAAUCAAAGAUGUCCAAGGCAGCAGUUUCUGAUCAGGAGAGGAAGAAAAUGAAGCGCAAAGGGGACCGGUACUCCAUGCAGACAUCUCUCAUCGUGGCUGCUCUGAAGCGGUUGCUGCCUGUUGGCCUCAAUAUCUGCGCCCCUGGCGACCAAGAACUCAUAGCACUGGCCAAAAACCGGUUUAGUCUGAAAGACACCGAGGAUGAAGUACGAGACAUCAUCCGUACUAAUAUUCACUUACAAGGCAAGCUGGAGGAUCCUGCAAUCAGGUGGCAGAUGGCUCUCUAUAAAGACUUGCCAAACAGGACCGAGGAUGCCUCAGAUCCAGAGAGGACAGUGGAGAGAGUGCUGGAUAUCGCAAAUGUGCUUUUCCAUCUUGAACAGAAAUCUAAAUAUACUGGCCGUCGCUAUUACAGUCUGGGAAAGCAUCCUCAGAGAUCUAAAAAAGCCGUGUGGCACAAGCUCUUGUCUAAGCAGAGGAAAAGGGCGGUUGUGGCCUGCUUCCGGAUGGCUCCCUUGUACAACCUGCCAAGGCAUCGGGCUGUCAAUCUCUUUCUUCAAGGAUAUGAAAAGUCCUGGAUCGAGACAGAAGAGCAUUACUUUGAAGAUAAACUGAUUGAAGAUUUAGCUAAACCUGGAGCUGAGCCUCCAGAGGAAGAUGAAGGCACUAAGAGAGUUGACCCCCUGCAUCAGCUCAUCCUUCUGUUCAGCCGCACGGCUUUGACGGAGAAAUGCAAACUGGAGGAAGAUUUUUUAUAUAUGGCCUAUGCAGAUAUUAUGGCAAAGAGUUGUCAUGAUGAGGAAGAUGAUGAUGGUGAAGAGGAAGUGAAGAGCUUUGAAGUCACAGGAUCCCAGCGCAGCAAGGAAAAGGAAAUGGAAAAGCAGAAGCUCCUGUACCAGCAAGCCAGACUGCACGACCGGGGCGCGGCGGAGAUGGUCCUGCAGACCAUCAGUGCCAGCAAAGGUGACACUGGACCAAUGGUAGCUGCUACUCUGAAACUAGGAAUUGCAAUCUUAAACGGCGGCAAUUCCACAGUGCAACAGAAGAUGCUCGACUACCUGAAGGAGAAGAAGGACGUGGGUUUCUUCCAGAGCCUGGCAGGCCUGAUGCAGUCCUGCAGUGUCCUUGACCUAAAUGCAUUUGAGAGGCAAAACAAAGCUGAAGGCCUGGGCAUGGUGACAGAGGAAGGAUCAGGAGAGAAGGUGCUGCAGGAUGAUGAGUUCACCUGUGAUCUCUUCCGCUUCCUGCAGCUGCUCUGUGAGGGACACAACUCAGAUUUUCAAAAUUAUCUGAGAACACAGACUGGCAACAAUAUGACGGUCAACAUCAUUAUCUCUACUGUGGACUAUCUCUUAAGGGUUCAGGAAUCCAUUAGUGAUUUCUAUUGGUAUUACUCUGGGAAAGAUGUCAUUGAUGAGCAGGGACAACGGAACUUCUCCAAAGCCAUUCAAGUAGCAAAACAAGUCUUUAACACUCUCACAGAGUAUAUUCAGGGACCUUGCACGGGCAACCAGCAGAGCCUGGCACACAGCAGGCUGUGGGACGCGGUGGUGGGCUUCCUCCACGUCUUUGCCCACAUGCAGAUGAAGCUGUCGCAGGAUUCCAGCCAAAUCGAGCUGUUGAAGGAAUUAAUGGAUCUCCAGAAGGACAUGGUGGUCAUGUUGCUGUCCAUGUUAGAAGGUAACGUUGUCAAUGGGACGAUUGGCAAGCAGAUGGUCGAUAUGCUCGUGGAAUCUUCCAACAACGUGGAGAUGAUCCUGAAGUUUUUUGACAUGUUCUUAAAACUAAAAGACUUGACCUCUUCGGACACAUUUAAAGAGUACGACCCGGAUGGCAAAGGUGUCAUUUCCAAAAGGGAUUUCCACAAAGCGAUGGAGAGCCACAAGCACUACACGCAGUCUGAAACCGAGUUCCUCUUGUCGUGUGCGGAGACCGACGAGAAUGAGACCCUGGACUACGAGGAGUUUGUCAAGCGGUUUCACGAGCCGGCUAAGGACAUCGGCUUCAAUGUCGCCGUACUCCUGACCAACCUUUCCGAGCACAUGCCCAAUGACUCUAGGCUGCAGACGUUCCUGGAGCUGGCCGAAAGCGUGCUCAACUACUUCCAGCCCUUCCUGGGCCGCAUCGAGAUCAUGGGCAGUGCCAAGCGCAUUGAGCGGGUAUACUUUGAGAUCAGCGAGUCCAGCCGCACCCAGUGGGAGAAGCCCCAGGUGAAGGAGUCCAAGAGGCAGUUCAUCUUCGACGUGGUCAACGAGGGCGGGGAGAAGGAGAAGAUGGAGCUCUUCGUGAAUUUCUGCGAGGACACUAUCUUCGAGAUGCAGCUGGCGGCCCAGAUCUCAGAGUCGGAUUUGAAUGAGCGAUCGGCCAGUAAAGAGGAGGGCGACAAGGAGAGGCCGGAGGAUGAGGGCCCCAGGAUGAGCUUCUUCUCCCUCCUGACCCUCAGGUCCGCCCUGCUGGCGCUCAGGUACAACGUUCUGACCCUGAUGCGCAUGCUCAGCCUGAAGAGCCUGAAGAAGCAGGUGAAGAAGGCCAAGAAGAUGACACUGGGGGACAUGCUGGCGGCCUUCUUCUCCUCCUACUGGGGCGUCUUCCUCACGCUCCUGCACUUCGUGGCCAGCGUUUGCAGGGGCUUCUUCCGCAUUGUGUGCAGCCUGCUGCUGGGAGGCAGCCUGGUCGAGGGGGCCAAGAAGAUCAAGGUGGCGGAGCUCCUGGCCAACAUGCCUGACCCCACGCAGGAUGAGGUGCGGGGGGAUGCGGAGGACGGGGAGAGGCGGCCCCCGGAGACCGCACUACCCUCUGAAGACCUCAUGGACCUGAAGGAGCUGACGGAGGAGAGCGAUCUCCUUUCCGACAUCUUCGGCUUAGACCUGAAGCGGGAAGGAGGGCAGUACAAGCUCAUCCCCCACAACCCCAACGCGGGCCUCGGCGACCUCAUGGCCAAUCCCACCCCCGUCCCCGACAUGCAGGAAAAGCUUCAGGAACAGAAGGCAAAAGAAGAAAAGGAAGAAAAAGAGGAAAUUAAAUCAGAACCUGAAAAGGCUGAGGGGGAAGAUGGAGAGAAAGAAGAAAAAGCCAAGGAGGACAAAGGCAAGCAGAAGCUGAGACAGCUUCACACGCACAGAUAUGGAGAGCCAGAGGUCCCGGAGUCGGCCUUCUGGAAGAAGAUCAUAGCGUACCAACAGAAACUGCUCAACUAUUUUGCUCGCAACUUUUACAACAUGAGAAUGCUGGCCUUGUUUGUCGCAUUUGCGAUCAAUUUCAUCCUGCUGUUUUAUAAGGUCUCCACUUCUUCUGUGGUUGAAGGAAAGGAGCUGCCCACUCGAAGCCCCAGUGAAAAUACCCACGUGGCCAUCAGCCUGGACAGCAGCACACCCCACAUCAUCACGGUCCACUAUGUCCUGGAGGAGAGCAGCGGUUACAUGGAGCCCACGCUGCGCAUCCUUGCCAUCCUCCACACCGUUAUCUCCUUCUUCUGCAUCAUUGGAUACUAUUGCUUGAAGGUCCCAUUGGUUAUUUUCAAGCGAGAGAAGGAAGUUGCCCGGAAACUGGAAUUUGACGGGCUCUACAUCACAGAGCAGCCCUCAGAGGACGACAUCAAGGGCCAGUGGGACAGGCUGGUCAUCAACACGCAGUCAUUUCCCAACAACUACUGGGAUAAAUUUGUUAAAAGAAAGGUUAUGGAUAAGUAUGGGGAGUUCUACGGCCGGGACAGGAUCAGCGAGCUGCUGGGUAUGGACAAGGCAGCAUUGGACUUCAGCGAUGCUAGGGAAAAGAAGAAGCCCAAGAAAGACAGCUCCCUGUCGGCCGUGCUGAACUCCAUUGAUGUGAAGUAUCAGAUGUGGAAACUGGGAGUUGUUUUCACAGACAAUUCCUUCCUCUACCUGGCCUGGUAUAUGACUAUGUCCGUUCUUGGACACUACAACAACUUUUUUUUUGCUGCUCAUCUUCUCGACAUUGCUAUGGGCUUCAAGACCCUGAGAACCAUCCUCUCCUCUGUGACUCACAAUGGCAAACAGCUCGUUCUGACUGUGGGCUUGUUAGCUGUUGUUGUGUACCUCUACACUGUGGUGGCAUUCAAUUUUUUCCGGAAGUUCUACAACAAAAGUGAAGAUGGAGACACCCCAGAUAUGAAAUGCGAUGAUAUGCUAACAUGUUACAUGUUCCACAUGUACGUGGGGGUCCGUGCCGGAGGGGGCAUUGGUGAUGAAAUUGAGGACCCUGCAGGUGACGAGUAUGAGAUCUACAGAAUCAUCUUCGACAUCACCUUCUUCUUCUUCGUCAUCGUCAUCCUCCUGGCCAUCAUACAAGGUUUAAUCAUCGAUGCUUUUGGAGAGCUGAGAGACCAGCAGGAGCAGGUCAAGGAGGACAUGGAGACCAAGUGCUUUAUCUGCGGCAUUGGCAACGAUUACUUCGACACAGUGCCACAUGGCUUCGAAACCCACACAUUACAGGAGCACAACUUGGCCAAUUACCUGUUUUUUCUGAUGUAUCUCAUAAACAAAGAUGAAACAGAACACACAGGUCAGGAAUCGUACGUCUGGAAGAUGUAUCAAGAGAGAUGUUGGGAGUUUUUCCCAGCUGGAGAUUGCUUCCGGAAACAAUAUGAAGACCAGCUAAAUUAAAAAUCUACCUUGACCACUUUGAAACUCCAAACAGAACUCUUUUUCCCUUCCUUCCUUCCUUCCUUCCUUCCUUCCUUCCUUCCUUCCUUCCUUCCUUCCUCCUUCUUCCUUCUUCCUUCCCUCCCUCCCUCCCUCCCCCUUGGAAACAUCUUGCUGAUUCUGUUAUUUGCCAGUGGUCUGUGCUUUCUGGGAGCAUCAGAGUCAAUCUCUGAGGACUUGGCUGUUUUUUUCCCACCACCUCGUGUAUUUUCUUUGAGAAACAAAGACCGAAGAAGAAUCUAAAUCCAUACAUGGACUACAUAGGAACUCUGGGAAGAGAACCACGGUGGACCGUCCCACGCCCAGACAGUCUCCCCCACCAGGGACCUGGGAGGCUCCUGGGACUGAGGUCUUCCCCAGGGACCUUUCCAGCCCAGCGUGACAGCCACACUCACCCGGCCUCUUCAUUUCACCAUCCGGAAAGGAACUGUGUAAGGGUCCCGAGCACUGUGGCACUCAUCAGAGGGCCGUGGACAGACAGCAUCUGUGAAGGAGAAUAGUGCCUUACUAUAUGUGGGUUGAGCUAUGCAGAAGAUAUGUGCAUGAACAGACACCUUUUAUUUUCUUUAUGUCAGCCUUUGUUUUUUCACUUAGAUUGGUUUUUGUGAGUGGUUUUUUUUCCUUUCUUUUUUUUUCCUUUGGUGGGGGAAGGUAAGCAAAGCCUUUUGCACCUUUUUUUCCAAAAGGCGGUGGUAUGUGUCGGGAUGGAAGGAGGCUCUUCUGUUCAGCGACUUCAUAUCUGCCCUCCCCCAUCUGCUCCUGCUCUUUAUUUUGAUAACACUCUGAAAGCAGCUUCCUGAAAUCUUUGUAUGAAAUCAACAGUAACAACAGCAGCAACAACAACAACAAAAAGAAAAAAAUGACUGCAAAAAAAAUCAAAAACAACAGAAACCAAACAACCACACGCACACUUUCAAGAGAAAUAACUCAUUGCAUGUGUAUUAUGCAAGUUUAACCGAACCAAGAAACCUUCAGAAGCAGGUUGAGCAACGUAAGAGAAUGUUCAUGAUCAUUCUAGUGAUUGCGUGCCGUGGGUUCAUUUGUAUUCUCGGAGCCAAUGUCAUUAUCCAAUCACGUGACACCUUGUGCACCUGAGCGUGGUCUUGGGUGACCCUCUUUCUUUUGGCCACCUCCUAUCAGUGGGGAGAGCUCCUCCCCCGAUUUUUCUUUCUUUCUUUUUUUCCCUUUUUUUUUUCCUUUGAUAUCAAAGUUGAAGCAAUAGUCGUUCAGGGAUUUCAUCAGUUGCAUCAUGAAUCAUGAAUGAUUAUCGAAAUUGCUCCAUUUCUCUCUCUCUCUUUUCCCCCCCCCUCCAUUUUGAGUCCUUUUAAAUGUAACGUUAAUCUUUACAAUUUAAAAAGACAGAUUCAGAAUGGAAGCAAAAUCAUUUUGCGAACAUUGGAGCUCUUUUA